ACAUUAAAAAUCUUCCCUUUCUUUAUUAAUCACAAUUUGUCCUCCUCUCCCUAUCUAAUCUCCGCAUCUUUUGGCAGUUGGCACACCAUAUAAAUCAUAAGCCUCUCUCUCUCAGACUUCCCUGAUUUCUACGUGUUAAUCCAGACUUCCUGAUCUGGGUCCAAAUUUUCUCUUCGUUUCAUUAUCUGGGUAGUCGUCCGAUUUCGAUAAAUAAAGGAUGCCAUGAAUGCUCUUGCGGCCACCAACCGUAAUUUCAGGGCUGCAGCCAGGAUUCUUGGGUUGGACUCGAAGGUGGAGAAGAGUCUUCUGAUUCCCUUUAAGGAGAUCAAGGUAGAGUGCACAAUCCCAAAAGAUGAUGGGACUCUGGUAUCCUACAUUGGCUUCAGAGUGCAACAUGACAAUUCGUGAGGACCCAUGAAGGGUGGAAUCCGAUAUCAUCCUGAGGUCAACCCAGAUGAGGUAAAUGCAUUGGCUCAAUUGAUGACAUGGAAGAGUGUUGUGGCCGAUAUUCCGUAUGGUGGAGCAAAAGGAGGGAUUGGAUGCACCCUAAGGGAUUUGAGCACAAGCGAGUUAGAGCGUCUAACUCGUGUCUUCACUCAGAAGAUUCAUGACCUAAUUGGUACCCAUACAGAUGUUCUUGCUCCAGACAUGGGGACUAAUUCUCAGACCAUGGCAUGGAUAUUGGAUGAAUACUCGAAGUUCCAUGGUCACUCCCCAGCUGUUGUCACAGGAAAGCCCAUUGAUCUUGGUGGAUCACUAGGUAGGGAGGCUGCAACAGGUCGUGGAGUCGUUUUUGCUACAGAAGCUUUGCUGGCUGAAUAUGGGAAGUCCAUUGAGGGUCUGACUUUUGAAAUUCAGAGAUUUGGAAAUGUUGGAUCAUGGGUAGCAAAGAUCUUCCAUGAGAAAAGUGGGAAGGUUAUAGCUUUGAGUAACAUUACUGGUGCUGUUAAGAAUCCAAAUGGAAUCGACAUACCUGCACUGAUCCAGUUCAAGGAAUCCACUGGUAGUUUGUACAACUUCCCUGGUGGAGAGUCUAUGAACCCUAAUGAACUUCUUGUGCAUGAAUGCGAUGUCCUUGUUCCUUGCGCCUUGGGAGGAGUCUUGAACAAAGAAAAUGCUACUCAUGUAAAAGCCAAAUACAUUAUAGAGGCAACAAACCAUCCUACUGACCCAGAAGCAGAUGAGAUUCUAUCUAAGAAAGGAGUGAUUAUACUUCCUGAUAUCUAUGCAAAUGCUGGAGGCGUUAUUGUCAGUUACUUUGAGUGGGUUCAGCAGAACAUUCAAGGAUUUAUGUGGGAAGAAGAACAGGUGAAUAAGGAACUCAAGAAAUACAUGACUAAAGCCUUCAAGAACAUCAAGAGCAUGUGCCAGACACAUGAGUGCAAUCUUUGGAUGGGGGCGUUUACUCUAGGGUUGAACCAGGUUGCUCGAGCCACCCUAUUAAGAGGAUGGGAAGCAUGAUUGGAGCCCAAGCUUCUGAUUACUCACUCCCUCCCUUUCCUUGUUAAAGUCCCCAUUUAUUUGGAUUACUGAGAACGUGGUCUCUAGUGGUUGAACCAUGUGCAAUUAUAUUUCUAGUAGCUAGCUUUUAAG